GCACCCAAACCAUAUAUGAGGAAUGAGAUUUAAUUCCUUACUAUCAGCUGGUUUACUACUAAAUAGUGUAUAUUCUACGCCUUCUAAGCAGCCUAUAUCGAAACAAGUUAAGAAUGUACUAGAGCAUCAACCAGAUUCAGAUAAGUAUUGCAGCCCAUCAGGCCAGAUAGAAGACGCCUGCUGCCUCUAUGAGACGAUAGAAGAAGCCACUGAUAAGGUAUACAAACCACUCGAUCAACUGGUGAGGACGCCCUUCUUUCGCUAUUUCAAAGUCGAUCUGUACGAGGAUUGUCCAUUCUGGUAUGAAGAUACUUUCUGUAUGAAUAGAGACUGUGGCGUACAAUCUGAGGAAGACGAGUCUAAAAUACCGGAGAAAUGGAGAGCUAAUGCAUUAUCAAGCGUUAAUGAUGUACAAGAACAAGAUGAUAGUUCACAUCCCGCUUGUUCUGCUCGCGUUUCAGACUUUUGUUACACACCAGAUGAAGCAUCGCCCUCGGCCGUAUACGUAGACCUUGCCCGCAAUCCUGAGCGUUUUACAGGAUACUCAGGUCCCUCCGCACAACGCGUCUGGGAUACUAUUUACAAGGAGAAUUGCUUCGGCGUGGCCGAAUUCUUUGAAUCUUCUGGAAGAGUCAAGAGUGGCGUCACUGAAGUGAGUCAAGCACCGGCAUCGAUGGGGUUGUUGAUAGGACCUGGUGGUUCAUUCGGCUCUGGGCCAACCCUCGAGCCAGAUUUUGAGAUAGACAAUGAUGAUGAGAAUGAAAUGUGCGUCGAGAAGAGGAUAUUUUACAAGUUGAUUAGCGGAUUACACUCCUCUAUUUCUAUGCACAUCUGUUCAGAAUGGCUCAAUCAAGAAACAGGCGAAUGGGGACCAAAUCUCGAUUGUUUCAUCAGCAAGUUGUCAGAUUAUCCAGAGAGAGUUCAGAAUAUUUAUUUCCUCAAUGCUGUCCUCACAAGGGCUAUUGCGAGAGCGAGGCCGUUGCUAGAGGCUUAUGACACGUCAGUCGGUGAGAGACUAGCUGAUGAGCAAACACGUGGAUAUAUGCAAGAUAUAAUGAAUCAUGUGGAUUCAUGUGAUGAUACUUUCGAAGAGGGUACCAUAUUCGAAGGUGGACCAGCGAAGCAAAUACUUAAGGAGGAAUUUAAGGCACAUUUCAGGAAUGUUUCAAGAAUAAUGGACUGCGUAGGCUGUGACAAGUGUAGACUAUGGGGUAAAGUGCAAGUGAGCGGGAUUGGUACAGCUUUGAAGAUAUUAUUUGGAUUAGAUGGCGACGAUUUCAAGGAACCUAAUACACUCCAGAGAUCGGAAGUUGUAGCCUUGUUUAACACAUUCCAUAGAAUAUCGGAAUCGAUAAAUAACAUUGAAGUUUUUAGAGAGCUCUACGAGGAGAGGAAAGGACAAGAGGUGAUAGCGGACCCAAUUGAUGUUCCAAUAGAUUUCAAAAAGGUUGAUUAUAUGUCUACGCUCUCGGGUAUCCUGAUGUCACUCAAGGGCAGACUUCAAACUCUUCAAGACUAUCUGAGGAUAGCAUACGAAAGGCUUCUAGUAGAAUACGCGAAAGCAACGCGUGAACUUUGAAUUGUACAGUAAAAUAAUUUUCUCUUUGUCAUGAAAUUGUCGUAUAACCAC